UGACCUUUAGGAAGAAAAAAAAAUCCGGGAAAUCAAAAAUGUCAACACCAAAAUUAAAUCUAGUCGUUGCUGCAUGCAACAACAAUGGCAUCGGCAUCAAUGGAAAGCUACCAUGGAACUUAAGGAAAGACAUGGAUUUCUUCAAGGCGAUCACAAUGAAAACAUCCAGUCCUGACAAGCAGAAUGCAGUUAUAAUGGGUCGACGAACAUGGCAGUCCAUUCCAGAGAAGUUUCGCCCACUCAGAAAUCGUAUCAAUAUCAUCUUGAGUAGGGAGAUGAAAGAUGUGCCAGAGGGUGUUUUCUUGGCAAGGAGCCUCCCAGAGGCCAUAUCUCUCAUCACUGGAACAGAACUGGUGGACAGAGUGGAAGAUGUUCAUGUGAUAGGGGGCAGCUCUGUAUACAAGGAGUCAAUGACGGGCCCAUAUCCUUGCCGGCUGUAUCUGACGAGAGUGUUGGCAGACUUUGACUGUGAUACCUUCCUACCUGAGAUUGACAGUUCAGCGUUCUCUAAAAUACCCAAUCCAGAGAAUGUAUCAACAGAUCUACAAGGGGAAAAUGGAAUCAAGUUCAGAUUUGAAGUGUAUGAGAAAGUAUGAUAUGAUGAACAUUUGUGUCGGACAUGUUUUGAAGUCACAGCGAUGAGAGGGAAAACAUUAAUGUUUGCAAAAGUAUGACAUAAUGGGCCCAUUCUUCAGAACUUUGUUAAAGUUAACACUUUUAUCAACGGCAUUGUGAACUUUUUAACAUGAAAUAUUUAAUGAUAUGCCCAUGUAUUUAAAUGAAAACAAGACCAGCUGACACAGUUGUCUCAUAUCUUGUUAAACAUACCGCAGGUCAUCAAUGAAUCAAUAAAUCUUUCAGAGCUGCAAAGAUUUGAAAAUUAACAAUGAUGAUGUCAACAUUGUUGUUAACUUAAACAAAAGUUCUGAACAAUUGGCCUGUUAUCUUGUUAUGCAAGACAAGCUUGGACAGAUACAAAUAUAAAUCCAAGGAGGUAUUAAUCUCUAAUCGAUACAGUUGUUAUGAUAUUCUAGUAAUUAGCUACUGAGUAGUUAAAUUACUUUGUACAUAUUCUAAUGUUUGUGUGUCUACGUGAAGUACCAUUAAGACAUACAAGAGUGGUCCCAAAUUAGUGUGUAUUUGUUAAUCAUAUUCAUGAUGUUUGUCAAAUAAGCAUUUAUUGUUACAGCUGUUUUCAUAUUCCUUUUCAAUCUUCUGAUUUUUGUGUGGCUUGUGUUGCAUGGCAAACACAGGGAUCAUCUUGUCAGUCAUCAAUACCUCCAUCCCCGGCAUAAGACUUUAAUAUAUGCUCUCUAACUUACGUACUUUAUAGACGUUUCUUCUCCAAUCUUCACAAAACUUGGCAGCAAUGCUUUUUGGCAUAAGAUCUCCACGGAGUUUUACUACCAGCAAGAUUGCCAUUGCAAAAGUAUUGUGCUGUUAUAACUUGAAGUAUAUAUCCUUUUUUUCUUAAUUUAUAAUUCCUCAUAAUAUAAUAUUUUUCUAAUACAUUGUAUUUAUGAAAUACAAAAAUGAUUUUGUUUUGAAAGUACAUGUAAUUCAAAUAGUGCCAAUAUUUGAUAUACAUAUGUACAUGUAUGAUGUGGAUUGAAAUGAAGAUCAUAAUGAGCAAAUAAAACAAUAACCACUUUAA